ACAAAGGCAACCGGAGAUUGAUCGAAUGCGCUUUACGACGCAAGGCGCAGCAAGUUCGCCAAUGUGACGAUGGCGAUGCGGGAAACUUGAGAUUCGAACGACGGCGGCGAUCAGUGGAAUUGAUAUACAUAUUCAACAUAUGCGAAACGUGUCAGGACCUUCAGCGAUGAUCACGAGCUACAACGUGAUGCCACUAAGAAAGUACGCAGAAAUCAGUUACCGCGUAAAAUGCGUCGCGGUGGAGAACGAACGGGUGUUCAGCGAUGUCUACAUCACUCAUCAGACGCGGGGUCCGGUUUGCCAGCCGGACGAUUAUGCUUUUCCGUCGAAGUACAGAAGACGAAGGCGCAACCUGAUACAGCGGACUCUGGACGGACCGGAUUUCAUGAAGCUGAAUAGCAAACGGCCGACCGGAAGCGCCGGUAUCGCAAAAUCAUACUGGCAAAGGCGCAGCAAGUCUAUAGGGGAUGAACCGAGCGUGAUCACAUUUAAUUAUGAAAAUGCUGACAAUCAUGACACGGUCGCCAAAAGGCCUAAGAUAUAUCCGUCACCUCUGCGCUGUUCGCCGCCGCAAAAAAACAUUGUGAUUACCUCACUAGUGGAUCAACUAUUGUUGGACAUUUAUGGCAUUCCGAUGGGCGACAAGGGACGUUCAGAAAGCGAAUCAACGGCAUCGUCCUUGAAACCACGCCCGCAACAUCAAUAUCUGCAGAAAGCUCGUCUGCUAUUGAAAAGUAAGACAAUUCAAUAUGAGCGGAAUAAAUAGGCGUCGCAAAAAAAUUGACACGCAUGAAAGCUCGCAUCUUGUUGAUUGAAACUCUCGAUAAUAAGCAACGCGAUCCAUUAUUGCCAGCGCUCAGCAAUAAAAUAUAAAUAACU